AACUCCGUUGGUUUUUCGAUUUUUCCCCAUUUUCGGCGAGCAAAACCCAAAACAAACGGCAAACCUAGCCUCCCCUCCUCAAAACGGCCUGUGCUGAAAUUUUGGGGAGAUUUGGAGCACAUUUUUCUGGCCAAGUCACUGGCGGCGAGUCUCCAACGAGCUUCCGACGAAGCUCCGGCGACCCCUCUGCGGUAAGUUUUUUUGUCGUUUUUCGCCCUCCUCGCCCGCACCUCACUUCCUCCUACGUCCUACUUGCGUCUCCAAAUUUGUUUUUUCGACUUUACCUUAGUGAUUUGUGGAGAAUCAAAUUAGGUAGUGAAGUAAGGUUGAAUUUUUGUGCUUUGCAUGAUUGAAUCUAGAUUUAGGGCGAGGAAUUAGGUGAAUUAGGUCGAUUGAAUGAUGGAUUGACUUUUGCUUGAGCUUAAUGAGCCUUGGUGGGCGUGUUUGAACCGAAUUGUGUUUAUUUUUAGAAUUUGCCCACCAAGUGCUAUGUUAUGAAUUCAAGUGGAGUUUAUUCUUGUUUGGUGGAUGGUAGCCACCAUGGUUUGGGUUGUGGUUCAACUUUUUGUGUGCUUGAACUGUGAACUACCCACAACCAUGCCACAGGGAGCUUGAGCUUAAAUGUUUUUAUCCAUAGUGGAAAGAUAAGUGUGGGGGAAUUUCUUUUCCUCCCAAUGAGCAUUAUUUGAUGACUGUUACCACGUAUGGUGUAUGUCUCUUAGUUUGUUUAGGAUGGUUAACAUGGACCACCCAUACCUUGUGGCGCUAAAGAGAAGCCCUGAAAUGGAAAGAGAGGCGUGUUUUUGGGCAUCUUCAAGAUUCGGUAACCACUAAAAACUCAACUUUGCCCAGUUCGACAAGCUUCUUUGCGAUGAUGUUAUGAGGGAGGUAGUGGUGCACCCAUACUGGCGCCAAGCCCUUGAUCUUAAAGAUGACACUUAUGGGGAACUAUGCGUCGAGUUUUUCAACACCUUCACCAUACGCAAGAGCAUAUGCCUACUCGAUCGUCCAGUACGCCGGGUCGAGUUCCGAUUGGGAGGGGAACUUCGCAAUUUGAGCUACGACGAUUUAACUAGAGCCCUCGGACUGGAAGCCAAACAUGAUGACGAUUGGGAGGAAGGCGCCAUCCAAAGUUUUGACGUCAGUGCCGCAUUUAUGAAGUGUUGCCUCCCGAGUACUGAAGGACAAUGUUUAAAUCGGCCCUCACAAAGACAUCCACACUCAAACCCCAGUGGCGUGUCAUCGUAGCCCUCCUGGAUCUUUCCCUCUACCCGGCUUACCACAACCCGAACUAGAAAACCGAGAGAAUCUUAUUGCCAUGUUCUUACAAGGUGUACCCGUCUAGCACUCAACACCUGGGUUCAGUCAUAUCCACUUCUUUUUCCAGGUCCAAAGGGGGAAACCGUCAUUAUGUCACUUCAAUGGGUCCCUACAUCACCCGCCUAGCUCGACACUUCAAUGUCAGCCUUGCAGGGUAUUCGAAGUAAGGGCGCAACCAGAGAUUUAACGAGGGUACUCUGAACGCCAUGCACUUAUUGCGCACCUUUGGCCCAAUGCGUUUGACACGCUAAAAAACAACACCAAACUACGACCAAGUGUAAUCGCAGUCCGGGAAUGCAGUAAAGUGGCAAGUUCUAUUAUAAACUCGGGGUCUAGAUCUACUGCCUACUCCGUGAUUAUCUAUUAUCUAGCCAACUAAGUCGAUUGAUUGUUGUUUUAACUAAAAGCAGAAAUCAGGAAUUGGUACGGUUUUCUCAAGCAAAGAAGAGUCACUCGUGAAUGAGUCCCCCUAGCUCCUUAGUUAGGUCUCAAUUGUAAUUACCCUAGGUUGAUUUACUGUUGAUUAGACUGUGGAAGAUCCGACAGUAGCUUGGAAUCUCUUAAGCUGACCAAACCCUCUCAGAAAUCAAGAAAAGCUAAUCAGACUUCAAUCAAUUCAAUAAAACAUGCAUCAUUCGAUUAAAACCAAAUAGUAUAAUUAUCCCAAGUCAUUACAAUCAAAUCCCUAACACAUGGAACUAGGGUUCUUCAUACCCAAGUGAGAGAAGGGUUCUACUCCAUAGAGAGAGAGGAAAACAGAAAUCAGAGUAGUCAUACUCAUAAAGAUGAGGAAAAUCUGCUCUGGGAUGUCAAUCUUCACUUCUGGAGACGCAAUCUGGGCUUCAAUGGUGAGAAAUCCACUCCAAAUAGCUCCUAGGGUUUGUUCUUCGUCCUUUCUCUCUCUCUAAAAGUCUGUUUUUACUCUGAAAAAUCGAUUCUCUCACUUGUGGCCCAAAAUUGGGUAAAAACCAGAAUUCCCGACUCACACGGGCAGGCCACACGGCCGUGUGGCAUACCCAGAUGCCCGUGUGAAGUCAAAACGCGGCGUUUCAAAUAAUUGCACUUCAGGCUACCUACACGGCCAGGGACACACGGCCGUGUGGCUCACCCAGUCUGCCCGUGUGAAGCCUCGCAUAAUCCCACACGGCCACAUCGCUCCUUCACACGGCCGUGUGGGUUUUAUUCCUGCCCGUGUGGCUUCCUCAGCGACCCGCCGCACGUCUGAUCUUCGUGCAAUCGACUCCGAACUCGCUCCCAAACCUUCAUUCACGUACUAGGACCUGAAAUAUCACAAACAAGAACAACCUAGCGUGAAAUUGGCCUAAAACACGAGAAUCAACACCUCAAACGGCU